UUUUUCUACACUUCUCGAUCAUACCGGUCAGUGAGAGAAUUUUUAGUUUGAUUGCGAGGCCCGAACUGUCGAGCAUAUCUGGCUCGAAGUUCAUAGGAAAUGGACAAGGUGUGUUUCUGUGCCGCUUUGGCACUCGCUUUGGCUCUCCCUAGCCAGGGGUCCUUCUCGCCACCAGAUUUCAAUGGAAGGCCGAGAGGAGUAGCGAAAUCAAAGAUGCAAUUUUAUGAUUCGAGCAAGCCAUUCACGUGCCUGGACGGAUCCAGGUCGAUGCCGUUCGAUCAGGUGAAUGACGAUUUCUGCGACUGCCCUGACGGAUCCGAUGAACCAGGCACACCGGCCUGCUCUUCACUCGGAGGCAAGUUCCACUGUGCCAACAAAGGCCACAAGCCAGCCUACAUCCCUGCAUCACGUGUCAAUGAUGGCAUUUGUGAUUGUUGCGAUGGAUCGGACGAAUAUGAUGGUCGCAUUCAGUGCGCCGAUUCUUGCAAAGAACUGGGUGCUAAGGCACGCGAGGAGACCAAGCGUUUGCUUGAAGUACAGGAAAGGGGUUAUCAGCUGCGCACAGAGUACAGUCAGCAGGGCGCUGCCAAGCAAGAGGAGAGACGAACUGAAUUGGCUACUCUGGAAGCUCAGCUGAAGGAUGCCGAGACGGAAGCCGAGCGGCUGCAAAAGCUGAAGGAGGAAGCGGAAGCACCAGAAACCGAAGCCAAGGAUGUGCACAAGGCUGCUUGGGAUGCGCAAAAGACUGAAGAGCAGCGAGAGCAGGCAGAAGCAACGUUCCGUGACCUUGAUGCUGAUUCUGAUGCAGCGCUGACGAUAGCUGAGAUCCAGGCUCGUCCCGAGUUUGACAAGGACCAGAGUGGUGAUGUCAGCGAGGAAGAAGCUAAGGAAUGGCUCGGCGGUGAGCCCACACGUGACAUGGAUUACUUUGCUAGUGAUCUCUGGAAGACUGUCUCAGAUGUCUAUCAAAAGCCUGGCUCUUAUGAGCCAACGGCGCCGCCACCACCACCGCCAGAGGGCGGCGAAGCCCCGCCAGUCGAGCCCCCGGCGGAAGUGCCCGCCCCAGAGGGAGAUAGCAACAAGGCAGGUGAGAGCGACAAUGCAGUCGACCACUUUCCUGAGCAGGAGGAGGAGGAAGAACCUUUCAUGCCACCACCUCCUCCAGCAGGUGAUGAAUAUCAUGACGAUGGAGACGAUGAUGACGACUAUGAUGAUGAUGAGUAUGACGAAAUUGAGCGGCAGAAGUAUCACAAUAUGAACAACGCCAAAGAAGAAGAUGUAGAGGAGGGCAUGCCAGAGUAUGAUGAGGCCACCCAGGAACUCAUCAAGGUUGCUGAUGCUGCACGCAGUUCCUACGAAGAAGCAGACAGGAAAAAGGAUGAGGUCAAGAGGAACAUUGACGAUCUGAACCGCAAGCUUGACGUCGACCUGGGCCCCAACAACGAGUUCCAGCCACUUCAAGGGAACUGCUAUGACUUCACUGACAGAGAGUACACGUAUUCCCUGUGUGCUUUCGACCGCGUCUCUCAGAAACCUAAGCAUGGUGGCAGUGAGACUAGCCUUGGAACGUGGGGUAAGUGGGAUGGAACUGACAACAAAUACUCUGUGAUGAAGUUUGAGAACGGUUUGAACUGCUGGAAUGGACCCAACAGAUCAGGAACGGUAAAACUUCGCUGUGGUGAGACGAAUGAGCUUGUGUCGGCCGCAGAGCCCAACCGUUGCGAGUAUCUCUUUGAGUUCAUCACACCCGCUGUUUGUGAACCUCCGUCAGCCGCCGGCCAAGCAGUUGAUUCUCACGACGAGCUUUAGGGGGCCUGACCGUGCGUGCGCAUUGGGUUGAUGUGCCUUCUCCCCAAACCCUGCCAUCCGGUUCGAGCUGGAUGUCCCCCCGUUCGCCGGGGUCGCCUUGCUGCACAGUGGGCCGUGCCUAUCCACCGGCCUGUCCCUGUGUUCUUUGCCGUCGUCGGGUUGUGCUGACAUUUGCUGUCAUAAAACUUGUGACGAAUUGGCUCAUGCCGCUGACUAUUGACUGGGAUUUCCUCUCUCUCCAGCUGCUGUUCAAUACCAUUGCGCCAUGUUUUUCACUUGCUUUCAUUUACCAUUUAAAGUUAACAUUAUUGAUUAGAUGUGAUUGCGUUGCUUUCAUCCGUUUUCCAGAUUCAAGCAACGCUUCUUCAAUAUGAAAAAAAUAACAGGAACACAA